AUGAUUAAGGAUCCUCCUUUGGAGUGUUGUAACGAAUCGUACACACUACCCUGUAAAUUAGACAAUAAUUAUGAGGGCGAUAUCGCUAAAUAUACCUCUUCUAUAAGUACAGUAUGCCAACAUGAUGUCGAAGCAUUAUCACACACCCAUAGUUUAGAUGAUCAUGUUGAUAUUAAUCAGUCAGAGGCUACCGAUGAUAGCGGUGGACCCUUUACAGGUCAUGAUCCCUAUCUCCAGUUAGAUGAUUCAGUAAAGAGGUUAGAGAAAAGAUUGAAAAAUGGAAUUAUGCUAAACUCAGUGCUGGAUGAAUUGUGUUCGAUUGAAAGAAAAUAUAUAGAACAAUUGCGUACUCUCAGAAACAGGAUAAAUUUAUCACAUACAUUGGAAUCAACUGGAGCUUUGGCAGCAUUCUCAGCAUUAAAGUCGUAUAUAACUAGGGUUGCAGAGAAUCACAACGAUUUCUUGGACGCAGUGUCCAACGAUUGUAGACUAUCGGACGAACAUUUCGAGAGGUUUACGGAUAUUAACGAUAAUAUUUGUACCAUAAAGAGGGAGCUUUCAGAUUAUGAAGGGAAGAGAACGCUUUGUAUCAAUGAAGUUGAAAAUGCUUUCUUACAUGUCAAGAAAGCAUUGCUCACUUCUUCAGAUUCUACGUACCAAGUGCCUCCAGUAAAAAUAAAGGUACACAAAUCUUUGAUUUCUCUUUUAACUAAUUUUUUCGAUCUUAACUCAAAAGCACGUGCCACUGAUUUAGAAUUUAAAUCAUCCAUGGCAAAACUAGAUGAAAAAGUGGAUUGUACAAUAUCAUCUUUAGGAAGUUUGGAUAGGGCGAGGCUGAUAGAUAUACGAGAUGUCCUAUGUAAAUUUAUGAUUUAUGAGACAGCGAAGAUUAGAAAUUUACAGUAUGACCUGUCUGCGCUUAUAGCCACUUUAAAUGACUUCGACCCGUCAACGGACAUAGAAGAAUUUAGUACGUAUAGAAACGAUGAUUUGAAGAAAUAUAAUGGCUCUGAUAUGUUUCGUAUCGCCAGGAAUUAUGUUAGAAAUUUUAAAUUCACAACUCCAGAGCUUUUUCACUACAAUCCUCAAUUUACAAAUACGUUGAGACCACCACCGGAUAGGGUAAUCCAUAAAAUUGAAGGUAAACUUGAGAGAUUUGUCACUGCAAUUUGGGAUUCUAAGAUUGAAAACUUAUCUAUUAAAGAACUUUUUGGAGAAAUACACUCGUCUCUAGUUCGUGAAAUAUUCUGUAAGCUUAUCGCCAAUCGUUCCAGACGAUCAGGAGAACUCAAAUCCAUGGAGUGCCUGAAGACACUGGGUAAAGUGAUUAGCAUGGUUUUAACAAUAUCUGAACGCCAAGCUGAUUCUUGGUGCGGUUAUGUAAUCUUGGGAUUUUCGGAUGUGAUAUAUUCUAGUACGAAAGGGUUAGAUGGGUCUAGUGAAAAUGUUCACCUAAGGUCUAUCGUUUAUUCACACAGCUAUUGGAAUAGAAUUUCAUUUUGGGAAGAGUGUUUAACUAUCAUAAUAUCUUUUGACCUUAAGACAAACUUUGAAAUGCUAAGUGACCUACAGUUUCACAGAACCUACGAGCUUAAACCAAUCACUGAAGAAUCUUUAUCAUUUUACUCCUGGAUUCUUAACUAUGGAAUUCCACAGAAUGCAUCCAAAGAACUUAUUCUUAGGGUAUGCGGGAAAUUGAAGUUAUCGGAGUCGUACGCAAAAUCUUUGUUAAAUUGA